ACUCAGACGGAAAGUCUGCUCCUCAGAUGAGCUUGGACCAUGGAGGAAGCUACAGCUGGGUGGAAUCUUUUUCUUCAGCCGACACAGUGAGAAAAAGUAACACUGACAACGUGUAACAACCGAAAGUAACGCCGACACGGAGCAAUAAUGCUCUCACACAUUCAACAAGUAAACGAAGCAGUGGGAGUUUCUUCUGCCAAAGUGAAAUAACCCACAAUCCGCAAGAGACGGCUCAUCAGACAGGCGCACCGAGACGACCACAGAGGCAACAUGUCUACAAGUAACAUCAGUCUGCCCUCCAAGCGGGACAGCAAGGGCAGUUUCUUCAAGCUCAUCGACUCAUUUGCCUGGGAGAUCGGCACUCUGAAGAAGGUGAUGGGGAAAAACACGGAGCCUGUGGGAGGAUCUCAGAAGACAGAAACACUUGUGGGACUGGGGGAAGAAGUGGGAGGCCUCUUCCUGCAGGCCUCACCUUGUGCUGGCAUUGGUGGAGGGCUGGCCGGUGCCAGAGACUCUGGCUACGACUCGCUUCACCGACGCGUCAGCGUCCUGGACAGACUGGUGCAUACCCAUACUGUGUGGCUACAGCUGGGCCUUAGCCACGAGGAAGCCAUGCACAUACUGCAGAACGAGCAAGCUGGGACAUUUGUGGUGAGGAAAUCAGCCAGCCUGCAGAAAAAAGUCAUAUCUCUACGCAUGGAUAAAGACUCGAGCGUUCCUGUCAAAGAUUUCCCCGUAAAGGAGAGCCAGUACACUUUCUCUCUAGAGGGAUCAGGACUGAGCUUUGCAGACCUUUUCCGCCUCAUGGCCUUCUGCUGCAUCAGCAGGGAUGUGUUGCCGUUUACUCUGAAGCUCCCAGAGGCCAUCGCUUCAGCCAGAACUUUUUCUGAUCUUGAGGAAGUUGCUAAGCUUGGUGCAGGCUUCUGGGAUGUUCCAUUGUGCAGCAGGAGGAAGAGCCCAGUGUCGUUGACGGGGACAGCAGCCCCUGACAGACCACCCCCACCUGCCCACAGACCAGUGUCCUCAACAGCUACCUCAGGACGCCCUCGGCUUCAAACUCGCACCCCAUCUGAGCUUGAGUGUUGCCAAGCCAAUGGAGCGCUGUGCUUCAUCAACCCCCUCUUCCUAAAGGUCCACCAGCCAGAUGAUAACCAGAGCUUCACUCCCAACAUCCCCGACACAGGAAAGCAGGACCUGAGAGAGGAAGCUGACAAAAGAAAAGGCAGCAGUAAGGAAGCUCAGGUUUGCAGCUCAGAUCACAGCCACAGCAGCCAGUCACAGCAAGAAAACCUGCAGAACCCUGACAGAAACACAGAGCUACACACCAGCACAAGUCACAAACUCAGCGGGCCAGAAAGCGUGACACGAUUUCCACCACCUCGGCCACCUCCACCUCGCUUUACAGCACAGCAAACAGCCCCUCCUGUUCGGCAGCGCAGCAUGCCCGAAAAGAUCUCCUGGAUCAAGGAGAAGGUGGAGGAGAGGGAGCGAGGCAGCAGCCUCCUUUCUCGCCUUGGCUCCUCGCUAAGUAUCAGCCCCUCAUCCUCUCCGCCUAAGAGACUUAGCAUCAGCUCACCUAUAUCCAUCCCCCGGCCAUCACUGCCCCUCUCUCUGCCAUCUCUGUCCUCAUCUCCACGUCGAACCAAAGCCUCACCAACAUCCAGUCUAGAGGACGCUCAGUGUCACCGAGCUCUGGAGGACGACACCAUUGAGAAGGCCCUAAUCAGAGCCAAACUAUCCCGGCAAAAGGCUCUACCCUGCUCCCAGAACUCCUGCAGUCCCCCAGACUCCACCGUGGUGACAGCAGUCGAGCAUGGAGAGGUGGGCGGAGGAGAGGAAGAAAGAGUUGACGAAUGCAGCGGGGGCAGCCAGCGGCUCAGUGACAUGAGUCUCUCCACAGACUCGUCAGACUCGCUGGAUUUCUCUCAGUCCUCAGCUUUCUUUAUGCCUCCUAUGCAUGACCCCAGCCCCCCCACUGAGGCUGACUUCAACACCCACCUCCCCCUCUCCAUCCCACCGUCCCACCUAGGUUUCUGCAGUAUGGAGGACGAUGACGACGAUGAGGAUGAAGAUGACGAAGAGGAACCCGACUAUGGCGUCAGCCUGGAGAGCGAUCAGGACCAAGACCAGGACCUGACCAUGGUGCCACCUGGACACCGCACAAAGCGUCGCCCCAGUGCCAGUGCCCUGGUCCUCCAGAAGGCCCUGCGAGGCCAUUUUCGCAAAGUGAGUGGCGUUUUCAACUCGCUGCUCACACCUGAGAAGAGGGCGAUCCGUAAAGUGGUAGAGCUGUCCAGAGAUAAGAGCUCGUACUUCGGCUCCUUGGUGCAGGACUAUCUGAGCUACAUGGGCGAGGGUGCGGGCACCCAGGCAUGGCAGGGAUACGACUCCGGACUGGACCUGCUGCAGACUCUCCGGCAGUUUAUCACACAGAUGAAGAGCUACCUUCGACAGAGCUCCGAGAUGGAGCCGCCCAUCGAGAGCCUGAUCCCAGAAGACCAGAUCGACCAAGUCCUGGAGAAAGCGAUGCAUAAGUGUGUCCUGAAGCCCCUCAAGGCCGUAGUGAGCAGCGCCCUGCAGGAAUUCCAGAUACGCAGUGGGGAGUGGCAGGAGCUGAAGGAGAACCUGUCCCAGGCCAAGGCCAGGCAGCCACAGGAAAUGGGCGUGGCCGACGCACAGCCCCCGGACACAGUGGCCAUAGAAAAGAUCAAACACAAGUUCCACACCAUGUGUAAACUGUACUCUCCAGAGAAGAAGGUCAGCAUGCUGCUCAGAGUCUGCAAACUGAUCUACACCAUCAUGGAGGACAACUCAGGUCGUCUGUAUGGUGCUGAUGACUUCCUGCCCAUGCUGACCUAUGUGUUGGCCCAGUGUGACAUGCCUCAGCUGGACAAUGAGAUACUCUACAUGAUGGAGCUGCUGGACCCCUCACUGCUGCAUGGAGAAGGUGGCUACUACCUGACCAGUGCGUAUGGAGCCAUGUCUCUGAUCAAGAACUUCCAGGAGGAGCAAGCAGCCAGAGUGCUGAGCUCUGAGACCAGAAACACACUCCACCAGUGGCACCGCCGCCGCACCACCCAGCGCUCUGCACCAUCCAUCGAUGACUUCCAGAACUACCUGCGGGUUGCUUUGCAGGAGCUGGACAGCGGCUGCACAGCCAAGACCCUGCAGGUGCAACCUUAUGCCACCGUGGAGGAGGUGUGCCAGCUGUGCGCCCGCAAGUUCAAAGUGUCUGACCCCGAAAACUACGGCCUGUUCCUGUUGAUGGAGGGCAGCAGCCAGCAGCUGGCCCCAGACACCCACCCUCAAAAGAUAAAGGCUGAGCUGCACAGCCGCCCGCAAGCCGGUCCCUUCUACUUCGUCUUCCGUCGCGUGGCCAGUAGCAGCACCGCCCAGCUAUCUGCUCCCCUUCAUGUGGCGCCCAACCUGAACGACCUCACCGUGACCUCUGACACAAAGGCCAACCUGAACGACCUCAGCACGGACCUGUCGACUGACUCCCCCAAACCCAGAGUCAGCUUAGGCCUGAGCCUGCCACCGAGCCACCUCAGCAGCUCCAUCUCUGUGUGACUGUAGCAGCGAGCAGAAGCCUGAACAAGCUCUUUGUCUGCCGCAGUGUCACCCAUAACUCCAGUAAACAAAAACAUGUGGAGACACACGAGCUGGGCUCAGCGCUGUGGCGUGCCAGUCUUUGCAAAGCCGGACUUCUCCUUUCUUAGUCUGGGGAAGGUUCUGUCUGACAGGCCAGUUAUUUGUCUUCCUGCUCUGGAUUUCUUAUCAGGGUAACUCUGUGGUAAACAGCUCUGUCAGUUGCUGUUUCCACCUCCUGAUGGAGGGAAUCUGAGCUCAGACACAUGGGACAGUUCCUUUAAGUAUACAAAUAGAUGUAGGUUUUAUAUGUCAUUUAAGUUUACGUCUCACAGUUGCUGGUAAACUGUAACUUUAUUGUUUGAAUUUUAAAAAGAUAAUCCUUCAGAUUGUUGAUUUGUGUGGAUUUAGCGGCACCUGGUGGUGACUGAUGCACAAAGCCAUUUAAAAAAGAGAGAAUGAAGCCACAACAAACAAAACAAUGUUAUUAAUAAUAAUAAUAAAAACCCAG